UUAAAUUUUGAGGAGGAAGUGGAAAGAAGAAAAGAAAAAAACAGUGGUGAUGGCGGCAGUGAUUUCUGUCAUAGUCAUCGUCCCGUUGAGCUCGAGCGCCGCCAUUUCCGAAACUCGCCAGACCAGAACUAACUUCUCCGUCGCUUCCAUUUCUUCAUUUUCCUCUUCCCGGUUUUGGUUCGGACAAAUCGUUGCAGGAGCCGGUUCCCGCACCGCGAAUUUUGGUCACUGCCUCCGUCGCGGCGACGGAGAUGGUGGUGGCAGCCGCAGUGGCGCUGUUGGUGGGUUUAUGGUCUCGGGAUGUCUCCCUCUGGAUUGUCCUUCUUCUUCGUCCGCUUAUCCGAGGCCGAAGACGAAACUCUACGUCAGUGGGCUUUCUUUCCGUACAACCGAAGAGAGCUUACGGAAAGCUUUUGAACAGUUUGGUGAUCUGGUAGAUGUCAAUUUGGUGAUGGAUAAGUUGGCUAAUAGACCGAGAGGAUUUGCUUUCCUGCGGUAUGCAACAGAGGAGGAAUCUAAGAAAGCUAUCGAAGGAAUGCAUGGGAAGUUCUUGGACGGCAGAGUGAUAUUCGUGGAAGAAGCGAAACCAAGAUCAGAAAUUCGCAAAGCUCAAGUGAAAACCGGUACAUUUCCCACAAGCAGACCUUCCAGUUAUUUGUAAGGCUUUUUUAACACAGUUGGAAUUGUGUAUAUCUGUAGUGUAAAGCCAUGACAAAGAGAUCCAUGAAACGGACGGACAGAUUCUGUCCUCAUGUUUCAUUAUUUCCGAGAUCUGUUUCGGCACUGUCGCGAACAUCUAACUUUGGAUCUUGCGGCCAAAACCACAUGGUGGUUAUGGCAAAGCGACUCGUGGGCAUGCGCAUGGCCAUAGUAUUCCAUUAGUCUUUGUAUUUGUUAUAUGCACAAUCUACAAUACUUUAAAUUUGUUUGUCAUAAGGCUGGAUUUCUUGGGAUAUUCCAACACAUA